AUGGCCAGCAUCACAGACCUCCCAGCCGAACUAAUCGACAACAUCCUCGACCUCGCCACGACAGAAGUCUCAGACGACACAGCCGUCGAGUCCCUCGGCCCGAGACGCAUCGCCGACUGCCCGUCCAUUGUGCGCCAACAAAUCAUCAACGCCCUCGCACCCACCUGCCGCAGGUUCCAUGAGUUCUUUAAACAGGAGCAGCACCGCGUCAUCUUCCUCACCAAGAAAAACAUAUUCCCGCGGAUGGUCAAGCUCCACCGGGUGCUGGGCUCUACCCCACAACCACAGAUGUUCCAGAACACGACGCAGUUCGUCGUGGACUAUGAAGAGGACCCGUUCCUGCCGCGGAGCUAUGGAGAUAAGGCCGGCUACGGGAAGAUAGCCAACAAACUUGACUCUCUAAAAGGUGAUACGCGGAAAGCUGGCUUCAAGGGUAUGGACGAAUACUGGGUUUCUAUGGAUCAGGUCGGGCGCGAAUACAUCGGGCCGCAUGUGCCGUUGCAGCGCGGGCAUGGUCAUAGGCUGGGUCUGCUGGCGCAGCUGAUCCUGCUGCGGCUCCCGAACGUCGAGGGGGUCGCUUUGCCUUAUUGCAUGAUGGACCUUCUGCAACCCCUGGACGUGUUAUGUACGAAUGUGAGAUUCCGACAGAGAUUCCCACCGCGGCUCACAUCCCUACGUGUAACCAAAGUCGACAAUGGGGAUGGGCACCCUGGAAUAACCGGUAUGAUACCCAGUCGCUGCGGGAUCUUCGCAAAGUACGGCUACAUCAAGGACCUCCUCACCAGCGACCUCCAAACGGGCCUCCCACCCGCGGAGUUCAUCGCAUUCAGCUGGCUCACCCGCCUCGUCCUCUGGCACUGCGCCGUCAUCGACCCGAACCACUUGGACCAGGCCCUGAAGCGGCUCAACAAACUGCAGACCUUCGUCUACACGGUCAAGAGCUCGCCUACUCCUAGGCGAUUUCUAUGCCCCAUGUACGAACAGUAUCUGGCGCUGCGGUUCCCCGAGACCCUGACGACGCUCUGCAUUGACGCGCCGUUGGAUUAUUGGUACGAGCGGUACGGACUGGCGCCGGUGUUCGGUGGCCUGCAGAAGCUGGAGAACCUGUGGGUGAACGCGCAUAAUCUGAGCCUGUCGGGGCUGGGGAACGGGGUUGGGAUUCUGAAAUCGACGAGUCGGCACGAUCGCGGCUACGACCGCAUCGAGAUGGUGACGGAGGAAGGCGAUCUGAAGUGCGUGCCGAAGUCGUUGAAGAGGCUGCACAUGUUGGGGGAGAUAGGGCGCAUUCGGGAGGAUGUGAAGUGGCUGGAGGAGGCGGUUGGUAGUGGGAGGCUGCCGAAUCUGGAGGAGAUCGCGGUGGAGACGACGGUAGAAGAUGAGGACGGUCCGGAAGGGGACUUUUGGACACGGUAUGAGGCGGAUCUGUGGAGUUUAGAUAGAGAGAAGCUUGAGGCGGAGGGCGUUAGAUAUUUAGGUGAGGUCGACCCCAGACCAUACAUGUGGUAG